GCCCUCUAGCGUCUAACAAGCGUCACCAACGCGUCACGUCCGCUCGCCCUCUAGCGUCGACCAAGAGAAUCGCGUCCCGCCGCCGCCGCCGCUGCACUGCACUCCGGCUCUUGUGUUUGUCAGUCUUGAAAUCCGAGGGAGAGCAGCGAGCCGCCAUUUUCCGAGCGUCGCUCCCCCAGGAACAACAAAAAACAAUCCGCUCGCACCGGGACAAGGGCGCCGAAUCUCUUCGGAAACGAGGUUGGGAGACGGAGAGAAUACAAGACGCAGUUAAAACCGAAGCCAAGGGGGCACGGGAAGGACCCAGCUCGGCCGCCGUGCUCUUUUUGCGCUCUCCAAGUCGGGUCUUGCGCCGCUCGUCGUUGUUGCGCCCAUUUCGCGAACCCGCGAGCCGCGCGCGGCUCGUUCCCGAACCGGGCCCGCGUCGCCCAGGGGGACCGCGCCUUCUUCGCCACAAUUUGUGCGCCUUUUUUUUUUUUUCCUUUGCCUGUUUGUGUCGUGGAAAUUUGCUUCGAAGUGCGGGGGAUUCGUCGUUUUAAAAAUUCCCUCGGACCCUGGUGCUCAUCACGUGGCUCUCCUCUGGCAAGGCAAUAGGUGGGUGGUGCGGCGCUGGCCUCAGCACUGAGAGAGGCCACCGCGCCCGUCUCCCCACGCUGCAUGGCUGCGAUGGCGCCCGCUCUCACCGACGCGCCAGCCGACGCUCACCACAUGCGCUUCAAAUUGGCCCCGCCGACCUCCACACUCUCUCCUGGCAGUGUGGAAAACAACAGCAAUGCCAGCAACAUCCUGGUCACCAGCAACGGCCCCAGCAAGCGCCGGCCGGGCCUGACGUCUGGUGAGGAGCACCCCCGGGAUUUCUGCCCCGGCAGCAGGAAGGAAGAGGCAACGCAUACUGAGGCUGUGGCUGCCCCCCUGGGCAAGCUGCAGCCGCUGGUGACCUCUUACCUGUGCUCAGAUAUGACGUCACACAAAGAUUCGCUCAAGCUCCAGGGUGUCCUCAUCAAGCAGUCGGUCCGCAAGAACCACGGCAUCCUGCCUGCUUCCUAUUUCAACAAUAGUGACUUCUUGCCUCUGAAACACCAGACUGUAGACCUCUCUGGGGAGCAGCUGAAGAGUAUUAUGAGUGGUGGCACCCAAGUGCCUGCUGUCCAGGCCCCGCAAGCACCUGUCAACGGGUUGGCCAAGAAAGUGGCUAGGCCCAUUCCCGAGAGGGACCCUAUGCCUUUGGUCAAUGGGAGUGGAGCCCCCAUGAGCUCAGACUGCCCACAACAGGCAGUGCCAGAGACUGUUGCCACAGCCCGUAAGCGCGAUCCAGCGGUGUGUGUCCUCCUCAAAGGAGGAACAGAGCAACGGAAUCAGGCAGCUGAGCUCCCUCAAGGUUCAGGGAACAGCUCAGAGCAGACGGAUCCCCCCGAGCAGGUCUCGGACAGCGCCCCCAAGUCCCCGACAGAGACCGCCUCACUCUGUCCUCCGCUGCCCGACCUGGAGGAAGAAGGCCCGGUGUGUGGAGGUCAGGGCACGCCUACCCACUUCCCAAACAGGUCACUUGGUGACCUGGAUGCAGAGCUCAGAGAGAGGACCCUGCUGAGCCAGAGCCGGCAGAGCGAAAUCGAAGGACGACUGCGUCGGCUGCGGAAGCGCUUGCAAGUGGUCCAGGCCAAGCAGGUGGAGCGUCACGUGCAGCAGCAGUUGGGAGGUUUUCUUCAGGUGGCCUUCAGCAAGUUGCCCAGCCCCAACAACCUGCGGGCACACCACCAGGGAGCGCCAGCCCGCCGGUCCACCGACGACAGCCUCAGCCUCUUCCUAAGGAGCGGCUCGGUCUCCACCCAGCUAGAACGCUUCUCCCUCAGCGGCACGGCUAACCUGCGCACCGCAGAGAGCGCCUUCGACUCGGACGCGACAGAGAGCAGCUCCGGCGGAGAGACGGACGUUGAGGAAGAGGAACUGGCUAAGGUGGAUGUGGAGCAGCGACACGUGUCACUGUGGAGGAGGGCAGAGGGGCGAUAUGCUACAGAGAGGGCCUCCAUCGUCAGCCACUGGAACUGGCUCCAGGCGCAGGUGUCUGACCUGGAAUACCGAAUCCGUCAGCACACAGACAUCUAUCGGCAGAUUCGAUACAGCAAGGGUUUGGUAACACUAGCAGACCCUGCUUGCUGUGAGGUGUCCACAGAAGAUGGGAUGUUGGACAAGGGGGUCCCGUUUUCCUGCAUAGUUCCGCAGGAUGCCACCUCAGACACAGCAGAUGGCACGGAUUCGGCCCAUGACCGCCUUUGGAAAGGGUGUGCCUCCAGCAGGCCGGUUAACGGAGUGGUUAACAGCGUUCGCUUACCGGACUGCGGCUCCCCGGAAAGCUCGGAUGCAGAGGAGGUUAUUGGCAAGAGGCAGCGACUGCCACUUUCCUCGGGCCUCGACGGCACCUGUGUGGCAGCCCGCACGCGCCCGGUCAUUAGCUGGAAGAAGCGUCGCCUGGUUCGACCCAGCACAACACUUGGUCUCAGCCAUAAGAGGCCUGGCAAACUUGGCUGCAGUUGCGCCGUCAACCCCCAAUGUGCCACCUGCAUAAGCUGCAUCAACCCCUCAGCGGAGUUCCAAUAUGACCGCCCCUUGCUGGAGCGGCUGUCGCAGUUUGACCCCUGUGUCCACCCUAUUCUCUCUUUCACUGACGAUGUGUCGCUGAACCUUCACCUUCAGCGGGUGAUGAAGUCCCACUGGCAGAACAGGCCCCUAGAGAAGACAAAGGCCCUCAAGAAACUAUCGCUGAAGCACAAGGUUCUGCCCAGCAGCCGCCUCCUGGAUCCUUCUUCCUCCCCUGUCUCCUGCUCCUCCAAAGACAAACACAAGAUGCCGAGCUUGUUGAACGCUGCUGUCCGCCUUUCGCACCACAAGAUCCGGCCGGAAAAGCUUCAUCGACAGCACCUGGACGGCUCGCUUCGGACUCCCAAGCAGGACGGCCGUCCAUUCUGCAAGACUGGGCGCAGCCACACCUUCUCAUAUGGGGCCUACGAGCGGAGUCACGCUCGCAAGAGAUCUAGGGAGCACUCUUUGGAGAGACUGGAGGCUGCCCCCAAACUCUUUGUGGAGUCCGGGAGUCCCUGUUCUUCUACGGGCAGCCUGCACACCCCUUCCCCCAGCCCCUUAGUGCGCCAGUGUUCUACCUCUGUGGAGAACUCCUCAGCCUUCACCCUCAGCAGCCAAAGUGCCACCACUACACCUCCCAUCCGAAGGCGAAGAGGAGAAAGCUCCUUUGACAUCAACAACAUCGUCAUCCCCAUGUCAGUGGCUGCCACUACCCGUGUGGAGAAGCUGCAGUACAAAGAGAUCCUGACACCCAGUUGGCGGGAGGUAGAUAUUUGUGCACAGCCAGUCACGGAGGAGAAUGACAAUGUGGAGAUUGAAGACCUUUCAGAUGCAGCCUUCGCCCAGCUGCACCUGCCGUGUGAGGAACAGGAGCGAUCCAGGUGGACCUGGGCAGCCAGCUCUAUAGCCAAGAGAAGGGGCAGCCGGUCCUACAAGUCUUUGGAUGGGCGUACCACCCCGCUGCUGGGCGGCACGAACCCCUCCACCCCGCAGCCAUCGUCCCCAGAGACGAUACACUUCCAUGCGCUGCAGGAUUACGGCCCAGCCGCAUCACCCUGCAGCCCGGCCAGCCCGGACAUGCUGUCAAACCCUCACAGGCCACAGCCCAGCGACGACACGCGCUGUUCCACCCCUGACUUCACCUUGGAGGAGCUGGUUCCCCAGCCCGUGCAGCCGUGGGAGCGCAGGACCUUCCCCCUAGAGCAAGACCCAGUCGUGGAGCCUGAAGACCAAGGAGAACCUGUGGAAGACCAGCCCUGCCGGGGACUGCGCCGUUUCCUCAGUUGCAAGGGGGGCCCCUUGAAGUCAGAGUCUGAAAAUGGACCUCCAUCACCUCUCCCUAGUGACGGCGCCAAGCAGAAGGGUUCCACCUCUCUGAGGCCCGCCCACCGAUGAAUGAUGCACAGACUUCUUGGCAUUUCAAAAAAAAAAAAUUGAGUAAUUAUAAAAGGGUCCCUGUUGUUUGAUAUUCAAACAUCAGUCAAUUUUUUCACAGUUUUUGGUGAACGUAAAGAGCAUAGAAAUCCUGUUUUUAACUUGGUUUUGUCGCAAGAAAAAAAUGAAAAAAGAAUCGAUGUCCUGAUGAGUUAGACUAAGCAGCAUUUUUCUGUGAGCCUUUUCUGUUGUUUCCAUGUUGGGUAUUGGGUUAUUCUGUAGGUCACCUGUCGACGAAUUUUGUCCGUCAGGAACCUUUUGCUAUUGUUUGUUGUGUUUUGACCCUUUGUGAAGUGUGGAACGGCGCGACGAAAUACAGAAGCACCUUCGGCCCCGGUCCCAUCCCUGAGCGCAAUGGAAUGCAGAGUUGGUCGCGUUGUUUGUAUCAGCCCUCUGCCUCGAGAGGGCGCCGCAGCGGAGAUGUUUUGAGCACUUAAGAUGCAGUGGGAUUUGGACACAAGUUAUGACCAGCUAGCCCCAGAUUGUUGUGCUCAGUAUUAUGCAACUCUGACUUGAGUUUAGCCAUCUGUUUUGCUGUAUGCUUAUUAAGCUCUAUAAAGAGGGCUUUUUUUGACCCCAAAAGCAAUUUUCAGAGAUGGAAGUGAUCAGCCCCCCCCCCCCAUGUCCUCAGCACGGAUUGUCUCCUUCAUGGGGAGGAAGGAGGGGGGUUUCAGUGACUGCAGAGCACUUGUCUCCCAUUCUUUUUCUUUUUUUUUUUUUUUUCUUUCAAUGAACUGCUGCUUUAAGAUAUUAUUGCAUCACUGACCAAGAAUAAAGGGCGUUUAAACAAUUGUAGGCCAAAACCAAAGUUGAAAUAAAUGGGAGGGAAAAAAAACACAAGCAGCCUACAGGUCUGCAGUAAGCGGUGUCUGUUGCCUGUGUGGAAUGGAAUGGGCAGCCGGAGGACAGUUUCGGUCUCCAUGUGGCUUGGAAACUCGAGAGAACGGUGGCGUCGUCACAUUAGUUUAUGUGGGAAACACGGCGCAGCUCCGACCACAUUUGCGGACGCUCGCCUGACAAGCACACGCUUAGAUAGCCGUUACGACCUGGACACGACCCAGACCUCAGGUUUCGCUUGUGACGGAGCUCCCCCUCGCUUUGCUUUGCCCGUUUCUCUCCAUAUGUCACUUUGUUGAUUUGCAUACCAACUGAAAUUUAAGCACUAUUCCCAUCUUUAUUUGCGAGUUGCUAUGCAAUCUGCAUUUUGUUCACUAAAUAUGUCCUUAUAGAAUAAUUUAUAUAUACAUAUGUAUGUGUAUAUAAACAAGUUGUCUGCCUCAGUUUUCCAUUUUGUCUUUUUGUUUUGUGGCAGCCCAGUUUGUUGCAGAAUCAAAUGGCUUUUU